AUGAUUUUCUCCUUAACUUUUGUCCUGCUUGGAGCAGUUGUCUGCUCAAAAAAUCCUGAAAUCCAAGGAAAAAAGGUGCUGGUUUGGCUACCAGUUACCGGGCAUUCUCAUUUGAAGUUCAUGAGUACUGUAGCUCAUAUCUUGCAAGACGAAGGGUAUAAUGUGACCCUUCUGCUACCUCUCAUUGACUACACUCUGAACAAGACAAAUCUUCCGAUCACUGAGAAAAUCAAUCACAAAAUCAGAUUGGAUAUUCAUCCGGGAGUACUCCGCGCAAUUAAUAACAUGGGCGGUAAGGCGGCUGGCCAACAAACAUGGACCAUGGGAUCUGGAAUUUACGGAUUCGAUGGCAUCCGUUAUCUUCUCUCCGAUCUGUACUCGUAUACUUGUGAUGGUAUCUUCCACAACACUGAACUACUUGAACGAUUAAAAAACGAAAACUACGAAAUUGGUCUCUCCGAACCGUUUUUUGUUUGCGGUUUCGCACUUUUUGAUCACCUCGGAAUUGAUAAAAUCUUAUCAAUUGAUUCCCAUAUCGGGCUGGAGGGACCCAAAAUGGCACAUGGACAAGCGAUAACAUCCAGUUAUUUGCCAUCGGCAUUUUCAGAAGGAUCGGAUCAGAUGACGUUUUUUGAAAGAGUCGUAAAUCUCUAUGAAACGUAUUUGAAUCGACGAUAUGCUCUAUUGAUCCAUGAUAAGNAAAUGGCGGCAAUGCAAGGGAUUUAUAAGGGGAAGGAGACGUGGGAAGAGUUGAUGAGAUUACCAGCUUAUAUGUUCACAAAUAGUAAUCCACUUUGGAUUUUCCAAAUCCAAGAACUUCAAAAUUCAUUGAAGUGGGAGGGAUUGCAGCGGAUGAGAAGAGGGUUGAUGAAGUUUUACCGGAGAAACUCUCUUAUCACUGCACUUGGCAAAAUGUCAGAUGUGACAUUUAUUUGGAAAUACGAGAAUACUUCUGUCAACAUUGUGAAACAAUGGGACUCCUCGAUUCAAAAUGUGUUUCUAGUGGAUUGGAUGCCUCAACAAGCACUUCUAGCUGAUCCUCGAUUGGACCUUUUUGUGACUCAUGGUGGAUUAGCCAGUACCAAUGAAGUGGCAUUCAGUGGGAAGCCAGCAGUUAUGGUACCAGUUUUCGGGGAUCAGACGAGAAAUUCCAGAAUGUUGGAGAGGCACGGAGGAGUUCUCGUGCUGAGAAAAGAGAUGCUACAGUAUCCCAGUGCUAUCAAAAACGCAAUUAUGUCAGUGUUAAAUGAUAAGAGUUUUGCACAGAGGGCGCGUAAUCUGGCCAAGUUGUUGAAUAAUCAGCCGGAGUCUCCAAAAGACGUUUUCCUGAAGUACUUUAACUUUGUAGCCAGAUUCGGAAAACCCGACGGAAUCGACUCAAACGCUGCCAACAUCUCCUUCUUCGCCUAUUACUACCUUGACCUAAUUUUGGCAAUUUCCAUUUUUAUUUACAUUUUGAUCUUGUCCACAUCCGCAAUUCGGGCUGCUUCCGUUGUAUUUUCAAAAAAAGAUAAAGUUAAUUGA